AUGAUAUCAGCAGCUUUCAGUAAGCAGGGUUUGACGAGUGUUUCUCCGAUGAUUUUACCGAAACGUCACUAUAACAGUAAAGAUGGAAGCAUCAAAAGUAUAGAAAUAUUUCAAAAAAAUAAGGAAUCUGCAAAUGCGCAAUGCCUAAAGUGCCCAAAAACCAUUGCUUGCAAAGGUUCAAAUACUAGCGGGUUGGUGAGACAUUUAACAAAUGUGCACAAAAUCAAUAUUACUAAAUGCGGGACCCAAGAAGAAUCCGAAUCUGAAGCAUCUAUAAGUUCAGGUGUGAGUGCACCGGAAAAAAGCAGGCCUGGGUAUGAAAGUAUGCAGCACCAGAAACUAAACUUCAAAACUCCACCGAUACAAUCAUUGGGUGAAAUAUUGGCGAGGCUGACUGCAAAAGACGGCUUUACCAUAAAUGGAAUCACAAAAAGUGAAUUCAUUCGUGAUUCACUUUCUGCUAAAGAUAUAAACUGCCCAUUCUAUAUACCCGGUAAAUGUGGGGCCGUUGAAGUAAGACAAAUAGUGGAGGAACGCUUGAAACAUUUUGGAGUGAAAUUGGAGAGUGAUGUUGUUGCCGUAACAAGCGAUGGGCCAAACGUAAUGAAAAAAUUUGCCAGAGAAGGCCCCUGUGAAAUGGUUCUAUGUGUAAAUCAUGCCAUCCAUUUAGCUAUUCUUGACACAUUUUGCAAAAAUCAGUCAGAAGUUACAGCCGCUAGGAAUGCCUUGCAUAACGAUGACGAACACAGCAGCUCCUAUGAAACCAGCAGCACUGAUAACGAUGAUGAAUCUUAUAUAUCUAAUGAAGAACCUAGACCGCAAAUAAUUGAUGACAUAAACAAUGUAAUGACUGAGACCCGAUCGAUUAUAAGAUUUUUCAGAAAGAGUCCUCUAAAAUCAAUCACACUGCAGAAACAUGUAGUAGCCGAAUUCGGAGUAGAACUAGUUUUGUUACUCGAUGUCAGAACUCAAUGCUGA